AUGCAUUUAGCGCUUCUGGUUGCGGUGCUCGCCGUGGCGAGUAUCUUGACCAAUGGUCAACAACACACGGAAGAUCGUUGUAAGGAUCGCUCGUGUUAUCCGAUCACGGGAAAUCUUCUGAUCGGACGAAAACAUCGCCUCAAAUCCUCGUCCACCUGUGGGACGAGGGGCAGAGAACGGAUGCAUUUAGCGCUUCUGGUUGCGGUGCUCGCCGUGGCGAGUAUCUUGACCAAUGGUCAACAACACACGGAAGAUCGUUGUAAGGAUCGCUCGUGUUAUCCGAUCACGGGAAAUCUUCUGAUCGGACGAAAACAUCGCCUCAAAUCCUCGUCCACCUGUGGGACGAGGGGCAGAGAACGAUUCUGCAUUGUUUCUCACUUGGAAGAGCAAACGAAGUGUUUCUACUGUGAUUCACGUACUGAAUGGAGACCGUACAGGGAGCCGUACAGAUUGAGUCACAGAAUCGAAAAUGUCGUGUCCGAUGGCUACGAAGACAAAAAUCGGAACUGGUGGCAAUCAGAAAACGGAAUACAGAACGUCACGGUGCAACUUGACCUCGAGGCUGAGUUCCACUUCACCCAUCUCAUAAUGACGUUCAAAUCGUUCCGACCCGCUGCGAUGAUUAUUGAAAGAUCUGCUGACUUUGGAAAAACCUGGCAGGUAUAUCGAUACUUUGCAUACGACUGUGCAGGAACAUUCCCUGGAAUUCCUGAAGGGCCACCGAAAAAGCAUACAGAUGUUAUUUGUACUCGAGCUUAUUCCGAUGUUGCUCCUUCAACUGGAGGAGAGUUAUUUCUCCCUCAUAUCGCAACAGAAAACCCUUAUGCUGAUGAAAUCGCUAAUCUGCUUAAAAUAACUAACCUUCGAUUCAAUUUCACGAAGUUACAUACACUUGGAGACGAUCUUUUGGAUUACAGGCCAGAAAUUGAGGAAAAAUACUAUUACGCUAUUUACGAAAUUGUGGUCCGCGGAUCCUGUUCGUGCUAUGGGCAUGCUUCGCGUUGUAUUCCCAUCGAGAACAACAACGAUCCAGCUUUGUCUCGAGCUGAUAUUGUACACGGUCGUUGUGAGUGCAUGCAUAAUACGGAAGGUCUCAAUUGUGAAAAGUGUCGCGACUUUUACAAUGACCUACCAUGGCGGCCUGCUAUUGGAGAAGAUACAAAUGAGUGCAGAAGGUGUGAAUGCAAUGGGCAUGCUGCCCGGUGCCAUUUUGAUCGAGCAGGUUCCAAUCGGGAGGAGUUUGCGAUGACUGCCAACAUAACACACAGGGGAAGAACUGUGAGCAGUGCAAAGCCAUUCUUUUAUCGAGAUCCGCAACGCCCUAUAACUGAUCCAUACGUUUGCCUUCCUUGCAACUGUGACAAGGCAGGAUCGCAAGAUGACGGGAUUUGUGAGGGUGAGGAAGAUGCAGAGCGUGGUCUUGUUGCUGGCAAGUGUUACUGCAAGCCGAACGUAGAUGGGCCACGAUGUGAUCGAUGUAAAAACGGGUUUUGGAAUCUGCAAGCAUCUAAUCCUGACGGAUGCACUGCGUGUUCUUGCCACCUUCUUGGAACGUAUAACAAUGAGGGAUGCGAUAAAAUGACGGGUCACUGCACCUGCAAACGUCUUGUCAUUGGAGAAAAUUGCGACCAAUGCUUGCCCGAACACUAUGGACUGUCCGAAGAUGUGGAUGGAUGUAAAGCAUGUGACUGCGACAUCGGAGGAUCACUGAACAAUCAUUGCGAUCUCGUGACGGGACAGUGUCUUUGCAGAGAAGGAUUCAGUGGAAGGAGGUGUGACACUGCGGAUUCGAGCUACUAUUGUGCCAACAUUGAUCAUUUCACCUACGAUGCGGAGAAUGCAGCGCUCACAAACGCUGAGAUUGAGGAGAGAGAAACUCCUCCAAGAGAGACUCCAAUGACCUGGACUGGUCCAGGAUUUGUGAGGGCUAACGAAAGAAGCGCGAUCAGUUUCAGAGUGGGCAAUCUUCAAGUCAGUCAGAAAUACAACAUAAUACUGCGAUACGAUGCGGGCAGGGAUCCAGUAGGAUGGGAAAAUGUUCAAAUCACUGUAGUUCGCCCGACUGAGCCUGAUGGAGAAUGUAAAUACAGUGAUCCAUCGGAUGAUUUCCUCAUCGCUCGUCUCCAUCCAGGUGGUCGUUAUGUAGAAGUGCAUCCUGCCGUAUGUCUGGAAGCAAAUGUGGAGUAUGAAAUACGCGUGCAAUUUGGAGAAAAGCGCACCGGUGUGCAGGACCGUGGCGCAUCGGUGCUCAUAGAUUCGUUAGUGCUGGCACCACCAACGGACUCCUUGCUUAUCUUCCAAGGAUCCGAUCGUGCGCUGCAGCACAAAACAGAAUAUGAUCGUUACCAGUGCAGAAAUCUUGUUCUUUCCCUCACUCCACAUGAAAUGUUAAGCGAGACUUGUGAGAGAUACAUUUGUCCUGUUGCUGCAGCAGUACUUAACCGCACCAGUUCAUGCGACUGUGAUCCCACUGGUUCCGUUUCCGGAAUUUGUAGUGUUAAGGGAGGCCAGUGUGAAUGUAAACCAAACGUCAUAGGAAGAAGGUGUAACCAGUGUGCCGUAGGUACAUAUGGCUUUGGAAGGUCAGGCUGUACAGAAUGUGCUUGUGAUUCUGUUGGAUCACUUCAUAAUCGUUGUGACCAGCAGAGUGGACAGUGCGUGUGUCGAGAAAAAGGCAUAUAUGGUCGACAGUGUAAUCAGUGCCAGCCAGGAUUCUGGAGCUUCCCGGAUUGCAGGGUAUGCCAAUGCAAUGACCAUGCAAAUAUCUGUGACCAACAAACUGGUGCAUGUAUAGAGUGUCGUGACCUUACAGCUGGUCACUAUUGCGACCGCUGCCAGGACGGAUACUACGGAGAUCCGCGACUUGGAGUAGGACUUCCUUGCAAGCCAUGUCCAUGCCCAGGCGGUCCAACCAGUGGCUUCCAACAUGCAGAUACAUGUUAUUUACAGCGAACAAAUAACACCCAAGAUGUGGUUUGCAAUUGUCGAUCUGGCUACACUGGAGAGCGUUGCGCUGAAUGCGCGAUGAACUAUUGGGGAAAUCCAACGGAAGUAGGCGGUUCAUGUGAAAGAUGUGAUUGUAACGGCAACAUUGACAUGACAGUAGAAGGCAGUUGUGACUCGUCCACUGGUGAAUGUCUGAAAUGUCUGCAUAACACUGAAGGUGCUAUGUGUGAGAACUGUGUUGAUGGAUUCUACGGUGAUGCCAAGCUUAAGAGCUGUCAAAGAUGUGUGUGCAACAAUCUCGGUUCCAACACAACUGCUGGAACAUGCGACCGAGUGACCGGACAGUGCCCUUGUUAUCCAAAUGUUAUCGGAAUGCAAUGCGAUCAAUGCGCAGAGAACCACUAUGACCUCAGCAGUGGCCAGGGAUGUGCGGCAUGUAACUGCGACCCUAACGGCGUUGCACUCGAUGCGCAUGGAUCUCCUGAGCUUCAAUGCAAUCAGUUUGAUGGAAGAUGUCGUUGCAAAAUUGGACGAGGAGGUCGAACCUGCUCUGAAUGUGAGGAUUACUUUUGGGGUGAUCCAACAACAGCAGAGGGUUGCAAGAGAUGUGAAUGUAACCCCACCGGCUCUGCUAGCCAACAGUGUCACCGUAACAAUGGUACAUGUGUCUGCCUCCCUGGAUCUGGAGGUGAUCUCUGCGACCAGUGUGCACGAGGCUAUACUGGAACGUGGCCUUUCUGUCAACCGUGUGGUGAAUGCUUCCAUCAGUGGGAUUCCAUCAUACAAGAUCUGAAGACACAAGUGGAUAGGCUCAUUGACACAGCGGCCAAUAUCGAGGAUACUGGUGUUGCAUCCGCUUAUGAUGAGGAGUUUGAAAAGAUGGAGGCAACGUUGGAGGAGACGAAGAAAAAGCUCUCAGACGCCAACAUCAGUAAGGAGCAUAUAGAACAACUAGAGAGCGAGGUUGCUAAACUCAAGAAAGAGGUUGGUGCCGCUCGUGAAAAGUUGGAUGGCAUCGAAGCACGCGUUUCAAACGCGACGCAGGCCGUAGAUUUUGCCCAAGAAGAUCUCAAAAAACUGCAGUCAGAUGCUGAGCGUCUCACUGAAGCCGCAGAUGAUCUACGGGAGAGGACCAACAAGAUUAAGGAGGCCGAUGUACAGGGUGCAUACAACAUAACCAAAGAAUCAGCGGCUCGCUCGCUGGGUGCUCAAAGGCGAACUGAUGCAGCAAUCGGUAAGCUAGCGGAAGCAGAAAGCGAAGCACGAGAUGCAGAGGCUCUGCUUGAAAAGAAUCGUGAUGACUUUGAUAAGCAGUACGCAGAAAACGAAGCUGCUCUAGCUGAGAGUGAGAAGAGGUUACACAUGUUGGAAGCUGCCCUACCAACUUUGAACGCGGAAGUGUGUGGAGCUGCGUCUGCGCCCUGUGAUGCACUUUGUGGCGGCCCCGGAUCUUGCGGAUUCUGUGGUGGUCAGUCGUGUUUGGAAGGAGCUGUUAGCAAAGCAGACCAAGCAAAAAGCUUUUCUCUUGAAGCUGAUCUUAAAUUAAAUGAAAAGCAAAAAGAGGCGGAAGAGGUGUUAACACUUGUCCGGGACGUGCUUCAUUCGACAGCAGCCGCCAAGAAGGACGCCUUAGCCGCAUUAGAAGUCGCACGAAAUGCUGCCCAGCAAACGAACUCAUCCCGUGCUGAAUUGGAUCAAAUUGUUGACCAAAUGAACACGUUUUUGAAAAGUUCAAGAAGUUCACCGGAGCAGAUAAGAGCUCUAGCGGAGGAAGUGCUCGCGAAAAAGAUCAGCCUCACCCCUGAGCAAGUGGCCGAUUUGACCGCAAAGAUCCGCGACUCUCUUACAAAAAUCAGUAAUAUUGGUGCAAUACUCGCAGAGACCCGUGGCAACAAGACACUGGCUACUAAUCUUGAGGCUAAAGCAUUGGAAGCAAGCUCGCGAGCUGCCACCAUUAAAAAUACUACUGAUACGGUGAGGGAAGCUAUUCAAGUUGCCGAAGAAGCACAACUUGCUGCCACCGAAGCAAUUCGAUCUGCUGAGGAAGUAAUGAAACUUGCAAGAGAACAUCUUGAUGCAGCGAAAUCGGAAGCUGAUGCUACGGAAGCUCGUGCUAAAGAGGUCAACACCAGCCUCUCCUCACUUGAAGGUGAAAUGAAGAAGGUGAAGGUGCAAUAUCUUCAAAUUGCCGACGAUGCGAAAAAUGCCUUCCAUCUGGUUGACAAAGCUUUGGAAGCGGCGAAAACUGCUGAGCACGGAAACAAGCAAAUGACGACGGAUAUUGAGGAAGCUAAACGACUUUUGUCUGAAAGAACUCAAGGGAACGAAGCUCCACAAAAACGAGCCGAAGCGUUGCGACAGAGAGCUUCCAAGCUCCUCUACAAAGCACAGCGAAGUAGUGAUGACAUCAACGUGUUGACGAAGGAUGCUUCGGAUGUGCGGCUUGACGAUUACCAAAGAACUUUGGAUGAAUUGAAUUCCCGUCUGGAACAGGUCACUAAGGAUAUACACGCUAGUACAGAGUUUUUCGCAAAUUGCGAUUCGAUGCGGAUUUCACGUUCCGUAUUUUCGACCGUUCGUACUCUUCUGGCUGGACAGAAAGCAACGGCCUUUGUUGAUACCGUAACUAGUCGUCUGGCAGCUCAUCGCUCUGGAACUGCAGUGGGCGGAGAACAGUCAUCAGAUGCAGAGCUGCGAACAAUGGCCGAAGAAGAGCGACAAGCCAUCGAAGCAUCUUUGGCUUCUGCAGAGCAAGAUCUGGUGGACUCUAUUGUACCUGUCACCGAGAUAGACGUACUGCGGAAAUGUCAAAUUGAAUUCACU